GAGGCGCUGGUGGGGCCGGUCCCGCCAUGGACCGGAGGAAGAAGCCGCUGGACGUGGCCGCGUCCUCGCUGGUAGAUCUCAAAGCCGAACUCUUCCGAAAGCAAGAGGAGUUCAAGAAAGAAAAGCUGCUGAAAGAUGCUGGUGUCUUUGCAAAGCCCAGAACCUUUAAUAAGAAACCGAAUAUCUGGGCCAAACAGAACACCGGAGUUGUAAAUCGAGCUGCAAAAGAUGUUGAGCAGAAGGCAGAGGAGCAGGAUAUAUUGGAUAAAUCAAGGAAGAAGCUUGAAGAGAAAGCAAAGCUGUAUGAGAAAAUGGUAAAAGGCGACUUUCCAGAUGAAGAAACUGAGGAUUUGUACCUGGUGGAUUUCACUCAGAAGAUCAUAGACAAACAGCACGAAGUACAGGAGCUGCAUCAGAGCGAAGCUGCUGGGAAGAUUUCAGAAAGAGACACAGAUGAGGAGGAAACUCAGCCUGAAGCAGACAUUCCACCGCCAGAGGACCCAGAUGAGGAAUGGGUUGAUUAUGUUGAUUUCUUGGGCCGAUCUAGACGCUGUAUGAAGAAGGAUUUACCAAGUCUACUUAAAAUGGAUCACGAACUUCAAGGGAAAAGACAAGAACCUGAUGGGAAUACUCUGUUAUCUGAAGACAUGAGAAGAGAGCUUCAGAGGCAGCAGUGGGAAAAGGAAGAAGAAGAAGCCCUCAGAAAACCCAUGGGACCCAUACAUUAUGAGGAUAUUCGAGAAAAUGAGGCCAGGCAGCUCGGUGUUGGUUACUUUGCCUUUUCUCGGGACCAAGAACUCAGGCAUAAACAACGGGCAACCCUGGAUAUGCUGAGGGAGCAGACGCUUGAUCAGAGAAAUAAACGUGAACAGCUGAAGGAGAAGAGGAAGGCAGCUCUAGAUGCAAGGCUGUCCAAACUUCGAGCACGGAAGAUUAAAAAGUUAAGGGAAGCUGGAUUAGAGGAAGAGGCGGAAAAACUGGAGAAUGGAGAGGUGAAAGGUGCUGCUGAGGAACCAGAACCUCCUAAGGUUACUUCAGCAAGUAGGAAAGUAGAGGUUAUCAUCCAGGAGAGGAGAGAUACAAAGCCUGGAGUGCCUUAUGUCCGAGAGUGGGAUAAAGGCAAAGAACUGAUGUUUGGACAAUGGGAAAAGAAACAGGAAGAACUAAGAGAUGAGCGAGACCCAGAAUUUGCACCACCAUCUGAUUACUUUUUGGGACAAAAGAAAGAUGAUUAUUACCGAAGUAGGAAUUUGAACAGUUCUGAAACAACCUCUGAAAAACUGGAAACAGAGGGAGCACAAAACCUACAGAGGCCAUCGGCGCAGGGCAGCAGCAGCAGUGCUGGAGACGUGCCACUGUCAGCACAGGCUUCCAACAGCAACAUUCCAGAUAAGCCAGGGUCAGCAGAGCCCGGUGACCAUGACACUCAGGGCGUGUCAUCAGCAGAGGAUGACAGCAGCGACGACGAGGACGUGCUACCACCAGCACAGGCUUAUGGCUACGGUGCCCGAGCUGUGCCACCACCACUGCAGGGUUAUGGCUACAGCACCCGGGGCGUGCCACCGCCCAUGCCAGCCUACGGCUACGGUGCUCCUGAGGCACCCUUCCCAGUGCAGGCUUACGGCUAUGGAGCACCAGGAAUGGUGCCACCAAUGCACGGGUAUGGCUAUGGCACUCCUGAAAUACCCUUUGCAAUGCAGGCUUAUGGCUACAGCAGCCAGGAUGUGCCGCUGGGAAUGCAGACCUGUGGAUGCAGCACCCAGGGUGUGCCACCAGGAAUGCAGACCUGUGGAUGCAGCACCCAGGGUGUGCCACCAGGAAUGCAAACCUGUGAAUGCAGCACUCAGGGUAUGCCACCAGGAAUGCAGACCUGCGGCUUCAGUGCCCAGGAUAUGCCACCAGGAACACAGGUCUGUGACCUCAGCAGCCAAGAUGUGCCACCAGGAACAGACCCCUGCGGUAGCAGCACCCAAGAGAUGCCACCAGGAACAGACACCUGUGUCAGCAGCACCCAGGAUGUGCCACUAGGAACACAGGCCAGUGGCUGCAGCACUCGGGAUGUGGCACCCCCAGUGCAGACUGACAGUAGUGACACGCCAAAUCAGGAACCACUUUACCAAAGUUUAGAUGAUAUGCUCUCUUAUUAUAGACAAGUGACUUGAGCUGAGCAAAAAGAUAAACAAGAACCAUGAUCUAAAAUACUGAAAUAUAAUUAGUGCUCAGCAGAAUUAAUAUUUUCCCACAUAUGGGAAAAAUAAGUUUCUGUAAGUACAUCAGAAUAAAUCUCCUGGACACUUAAGCUGUUUUACAUCACAGCUAUAUUUUGCCCUGUUUUUUGCUGGUUUUUUUUUGUUCUUACCUCUUUACUAAAAUUUAACUCUGAUAUUUACACCUGAAUUUAAGGGUAUAUUAAUAACUUUCUUUCAAGAGAUAAACCCCUUUAGUUGGUUGCUCCCAGGUGGCUUCUGGUUUGGAGGUAUUACAAGUUCAGUCACAUGCAUAGAAACUGUAUGGAAAUGGUAAGUCCUGUGCUGCCAAAUACAGAAUGAUUCUGUUCCUUACUUAAUCUCCUGUCUUUUCUAAGUGCAGAAUAUUACCUAGUGAACAGUGGUGGUUCACAUGGCCUCUGCAUUCCUGAGGUCCAUAUAUAACUCAUAAUUCUGUGCAGCAUUUUAGGAUGGAGAUACUGCAGAAAUCGAUAAAUAAUGAUGGGUAGGCUAAAAAUAAACACAUCACUGAAGCAGAAGCCUUGACACUUCACAUUACUGUCUUACUGGUUUAGAAAAUCCUCUCAUAAUUCUCCAAGUGUGUUUUUCUUGCAUUAAGAAUUACAUAUACAGCUUUGUUUCAUACUUUUUUUUUCCCCAAAAACUGUGAUACUGGAGUCAUUAAAUAUAAAAGCAGACCAAUCUCUACCAAAGUUUUAUUUCAGAAUCUUAGUAAAUGAGAAUACCCACUUGCCUUGUAGAAGGUUUUUAUUUCUGAAGGUAAUUUAGAUUACUUGUAUCUUAAAAGCUUCAUACAAGGAUAAGACCUAGAAAAGCAGGUUAGAAUGGGCAAUUGCAUAGAUUGUUAAAUGGCAGAGAUAAAACAGUGAACAUUUAAAUGCAACAGUGAACUGUUUAAAGAGACAAGCUGAUGUGCUCCUGUUGUGUGCUUCAGUCGGAUCUCAGGCUGCUCUGCAAGUCUGGUGAACAGCAAGAUGUUCAGUGUGACUGAAGGACAUGCAGAAGAACAUAUUCUGUCCUCAAAUUCUAAUUUAGCCUCAAUUCCUACAUCACUGGCUUUUGCACUGGAAUUUGCAGAUCAGGAACAGUACAUUACAAUUAUAUAUUAAUUUAAUGUCAGAAUACUAUUCUGAAGUAAGAUAAUACCUCUAUCCCAAUUUUGAAGAAAAUGAGAAUGGAAAACAUGUUAGAGAAGGUCACACCCAGUUUUCCAGGCUGGCUGAUUUACACUAGAGGAUUUUCCUCUUCUAAGACCUUACAGAAUCAGUAUCUGGAAGCCAAUCAGAGCAGGAUAUAAUCUCCUUGCAGCUGAACUAACUCUAAGGAGUGGGCAAACUGUAGAUCUUUACUUGAAUUGAUUAUGGCAAUCGUAUCCUUCAAUGGAUUUCCCUGCAAAGAAUAUUUGUGUCUAUUUUGCUGCUAUUUUAAUUGACAUGCAUUUCCAACUGCCUUUUGGACUUUGUUUUUUUUUGUGCCCUUCAGACUGUGAUAAUUUUAUGUAUAUCUGAUUUAGAAGUUAUAUUGUCUUUACAUUAGUUUAACAUUGAGCUAGAGCUGCAGUAAAGAAUGAAAUGCCAUUUAUUACAUAGCAUUAUGUAAAAAGAUACAAUCAAAGUGUUCCUUUGUUCAGCUUCAUUUCCACAGCCUAAUAU